AUGGAUCAGGGUUUCAAAUGGAACCCCGCCUUUACACUUCGGGUGGGCAUUGGGGAGCAUAAGGAUCUAGUAGGGGAAAAUCUCCAGUUUGCAAUCAUCGGAGGCGCCCUCGAGACUAAGAAGGGAUUCACACCACAGUUGAAGUCUACAUCAAUCUCUGGCGCUGACGCAGCAACCUUGACAGAGGAACAGUUACUACUCAACGUCAAAGCAGAGCAUGUUACAGUCAAAGACGACCUAAGCCCGGAGUCCAACAAAAAGGUGCGAUAG